AUGCUUAUUAACACUUCUUAUGUUGAUAUUGAGUCAGCAAAUUCGAAUGCAGAUGAUCCUUAGAUCUUGAAAAGCUAUUGGGAUGACUCAUUUAACUUCAAUGUACUUAGAAAUCUGGGCUAAGAUAUAGACAUAUAUCUUAAAAGUAAUUUACUAAAGAUCACUGAUGAUUUUACUGGAUGGAGUUCUACUUCUUAGACUUUCAUUUAAUUAGGUGACCAUAGACAUGCCCUAAGAGAUUUAAAUUUAGAGGAUAAUAAAGAAUAGAUAUAUUUAAAAGCAUAAUUUAAGUUAGAUUCUUAGUAUAAGAUCUACGAGCGUAAGCCCUACUCCUUCAUUCAGAUGAUUGGGGAUAUUGGAGGGAUCAUAAAUUCGCUGUAUCUUCUAGGUUACUUAUUUAUGGCUUUAUUUCAUGAUGAUCUUUUGCAAAGUUCUAUAAUCAAAUCCAUUUAUCAAAUAGAGGACAAGUUUAGUAGAAAGAAUUUCUCAAAUAAUGACCUCUUACCCUCAACACUUUCUAGAGAUGAGGAGAAUAUCAUUAAGUAUGAGUAAGAUAAGCAGCUCUAAUAUAAAUUGAAAAGAUCUCCUAGAAAGAAGAAGUCGAGUGCCACAUUAUUUUAUAAGGAUAGCAAUUUUACUUCAUUCGAUGCUAAACUUCUGAUAUCUUCUCAGUCCAAAAAGAUAUUCGAAGAACUUAGUAAAAGGGCUAGAUUUGAUUUUGGCUUAAAAGAAAUGAUUAUUAUACUCUUCUCUAAAAUUAUAAUUUGCAAAAAACAAAGAUCUGCAGGUGAUCAUCAUUCAAAAGAAACUUUUUUGAAAAAAACUUAAAUCUUUGAAAGAGCUAAAAAGAAGUUGGCUAAUGAGUUUGAUGCACUUACCAUUUUGAGAACAAUUAGAUAAUUUAAACUACUUACAGGCAUAUUUCUUAAUAAGCAUCAAAAUAAGAUACUCUAGAUGCAAAAAAAGAAUGUAAUAGACAGCAACAUCUCUGAUAACGAACUUGAAGAGUUUUAAGAUAACUAGUUGAAGUCCAUAAAGUUAAAAAGAUUAAGAACAGUCGAGGAGUUUGAAAUGGAGUAAAAAAGAAGAAACUAUCUAUUUGGAAGUGAAAGUGAAAUAAGGUAGAGUCUAAGGUACUUCUAGGAAAAGACUAUUCUGAAUUUGAUUGAUAAAAGGCUGCUGCUGGGCAUUAUUUAGAGAAAUGUAGAGCUAGAUGAUGAUGAAGAUGAGAGAAAUGAAGUAUUGAAAGAGAUGCUGGAAAUUUAGAUAAUGAGCACUCCCUAAAGAUUUUCUCAGAUCGCAUCUCCACAGAUAGAUGUGAGCAAUUUGCAUUAAAGUCUAACAGGUCUAAAGAGAAGAUUGAAUUUUUCGCCUUUUAGAAAUAAAAAGCAUGACAUUGAAAUUGAAUACAGUGUUUCAGAGUGUUUUGACUCUGCUGAUUCAUAAAGCAACAAACCUCCUCUCAGAAAUAAGCAUAUCGUACUUACCUCUCCCAACUAAAAAACAUUCAGUAUUUUUGAUAGCCUUAAGCCAGUAGAAAUAGCUAAUGAUUAGUUUCAACAAAGCCCUUAAAGAUAAAAAAGUAAGUUUUCAAAAAUGAAUUAGUCGUAAGUAAGGAGCAAAAGCUCUACUUAAAGACUUGAUACAUCAAUUCAUGAUCAUGAUCAACUCAAGUAACUCGAUAUGGUAGCUUCUCCGGAGCAUAUUGAACUAAGAAAAAAGAAAAAAUACUACUUAGUUUGA